AUAUUUAUUAUUCAAACAAAUUCAAUAAAUAACAGUAAAAUGGAUCCAGCGCUGCUUCGUGAACGCGAGGCGUUCAAGAAACGGGCGAUGGCCACGCCAACCGUUGAGAAAAAGGCCAAAGUAGAUCGCCCAGCUCCCCCGCCUUCCAGCGAUGAUUCCAAGCGAAGAAUGCGUCCGCCCACGGCUCCCAAGCUGGAUGCCAACACGUAUAAGACUAUGUCGGGAAGCUCCCAGUACCGCUUUGGUGUGCUGGCAAAGAUCGUGAAGUUCAUGCGGACACGCCACCAAGACGGAGACGAUCAUCCCCUCACCAUAGAAGAGAUUCUGGACGAGACAAAUCAACUGGAUAUCGGGCAGUCAGUAAAGAACUGGCUUUCGGGGGAAGCGUUAAACAACAACCCUAAAAUAGAAGUCAGUCCUUGUGGCCAAAAGUUCAGCUUCAAACCUGUGUACAAAAUAAAGGACGGAAAAAGUCUAAUGCGGCUGCUGAAGCAACAUGAUUUAAAGGGCCUAGGUGGAGUUCUUCUGGAGGAUGUGCAAGAAUCUCUGCCACAUUGCGAGAAAGUUUUAAAAAACAGAGCUGCAGAGAUCCUUUUUGUUGUCAGACCUAUUGAUAAAAAGAAGAUAUUGUUCUACAAUGAUAGGACCGCCAACUUUUCAGUGGAUGACGAAUUUCAGAAACUGUGGCGUUCGGCCACCGUCGACGCCAUGGAUGAUGCUAAAAUCGAUGAGUACCUUGAGAAGCAGGGAAUCCGCUCCAUGCAAGAUCAUGGGCUCAAGAAACCUGUCCCCAAGCGCAAGAAGGCCGCCAACAAGAAGCGCCAAUUCAAGAAACCCAGAGACAACGAGCAUUUGGCUGAUGUUCUGGAAACAUAUGAGGACAAUACCCUAACGCAGAAAGGAGUGAAUCCUACCUAAAAAAGAAGUGUAAUAUAGAUUUAGAAAUAAAGAAAAAUUCAGUUAAAUAAGUACAUUUAAAUGAAA